UUCACGUCGACAAAGCGGCAGGGGAGGCGUCGGGAUCGCGCUCAUCUGUUUGGAUGGCAAAUGCCUCCGGUGUGAGAGGCCGAUCAUCAUGGGGGACCCAGGACCCCGAGGCGGGAAGGACCCCGAUCGACCGACCGAGGCGCGGAGCUCAUCGCGGCGCUUUAUACCGGGAUAAAAACGUUUCGUGUCCGCUAACGAACGGCCAGUCCGCUUGGAGCUCGCAGAGGAGGUGGUGUUCGCCGGGAUUCAAUCGGAGCCACGGUCGCUGCUUGCAGCUCAACUAGCAGAGAGAGAGAGAGAGAGAGACAUAGACAGAGAGACAGAGAGAGAGUGACGCGGGGAAGACGGCGCUUUACAAUCUAUUUGCGCAAAUGAUGGAUGCGACGUCGAUUACGGGGUGGUCCGGUCCGCCCAACCCUGUCAGAGCAGGGUGGGUUCAUCCGGUGUGAGUUCACUCGGCUUGUUUCGUCUGUCGUCUCCUCCUCCGCCCGGUGGCGAUGUCCACUUUCUGCCUCGAUCUGCAGACCUCCGCCGUGGUUUCAGCACCACUGGAGCUGGACAGCGACUGCAUGGACCCGCGGCCCGGCGCCGCCGGCGCUCCGGAGCCGGGCCGCGGCUUUCAGGGUCACCCGCUGCGGCACGCCGGCUCCGGAGGCCUCGGCAUGGCCUUGGAGGAGGAACUGGCCAUGCUCACCGGGGAGCGGGACGACCAGGAGGAGCUGUCGGGACCGGAGACGCCCCCGGUGGGGCACAGCGCGGACUUGCUGUCGCUCCUCCGUCGGAAGGAGAAAGACUUGGUUUUAGCUGCUAAACUCGGCAAAGCGUUGCUGGAGAGAAACCAAGACUUGACCGAGCAAUAUGAGAAAAUGCACAAAGAUCUCAACGAGAAAUUAGAGCACUUGGAGCAGGAGAAGCAUGAGUUGCGGCGGCGCCUGGAGAGCCGAGAGGGGGAGUGGGACGGCCGCGUGUCGGAGCUGGAGACGGACGUCCAGCAGCUGCAGGGUGAGCUGGAGCUCCACCAGGUCCAGCUGAGGGAGACGGACAGAGACAAGACCAAGGCGGUCAGCGAGCUCUCCGAACAGAACCACCGGUUGCUGGAGCAACUCAGCAGGGCUGCAGAGGUGGAGAGGCAGCUGUCCACUCAGGUCCACUCACUACGGGACGACUUCAGGGAGAAGAGCAUGUCCACGAGCCAGCACAUGACUCGACUAGAGACUCUACAGGCCGAGCAAGGGCUAGAAAUUAAGAUGCUGUCAGAGAGGAAGAUGGAGCUGGAGCACCGGGUGCACGCCGUGCUGGAGGAGAACGAGCUGCUGCAGAGCACCGUCGACGACCUCCGAGAGAGGACGCUGGUGUUGGAGAGACAGUCUCACCGGAAGGACCUACAGUUGCGGCAGAGCCAGCUGGAGCUCCGGGAGGUCCAGGUGGCCCACAGGCAGCUGAGCGCUCGGCUGGAGGAGCUGACGGAGGAGCAGAGCCUCCACAGUCUCACCCCGCACCCGUCCAGCCUGCUGUGCGAGAUAGAGCAGAGCAUGGAGCAGGAGGAGCAGGAGCAGGAGAGGGAGCAGCUGCGUCUUCAGCUGUGGGAGGCCUACUGCGAGGUCCGCUCGCUCUGCUCCCACCUGCGGGGCAACGACCUCACGGACUCGGCGCUGUCCACCGAUUCUUCCAUGGACGAGUCGUCGGAGACGUCCUCGGCCAAAGACGUGCCUACCGGGAGCCUCCACGCGGGCCUGCUGGAGCUACGGAGGCUCACGCAGAAUCUGCUGGACGGCAACGAGUCCACGGGCUCGCGGCGCAGCGACGAGGAGGCUCUGGAGGAGCAGCUGAGGAAGCUGGGAGAGGAGCUGAGGGAGGUCAGGGAGCUGUACGCCACUGAGCAGGACAAAGCGCGCAGCCGCGUGGAGGAUGCGCUACAGCUGCACAAUCAGAUGGCGCUGCUCUCUGUGGAGAUGUGUUCCCUCCGGGAGGACAACGAGAGGAUGAGGACCAUGGCCGAGGCCCGAGAACCCAGCGAGCAGCUGCAGACCGCCAUCAGAGACAGAGACGACGCCAUCGCCAAGAAGAAGGCGGUGGAGAUGGAGCUGGCCAAGUGUAAAAUAGACAUCAUGUCUCUGAAUAGCCAGCUCCUGGACGCCAUCCAGCAGAAGCUCAACCUGUCGCAGCAGCUGGAGGCGUGGCAGUUUGCCUCCUCAGGGCUCUUUACUGUUUGGCUCUUGUGGUUUCUGAUCUAGUGGCCUUUCUCAGCUUCCGUACCACCCUCUCUUCCUCUGUGGUACCCCCCCUUCUUCCCCCCCCUCCUGCCUUAGAGGUGAGCCCGAGACGCGCCAUCUCGCCGUUUCCACCCCGCCCCGCUGAGCCAUUCCAUGCCGUGGUUAACUGCCUCCGGAGAAACGCUCAUCCCAGCUGCCUGUCCAUCCGAAACCAUUAACCCCCCCCCCCCAGAGAAAACAUGCAAACUCACCAUACCCUCUCCCCACACACACCAGCAUCCCCUGCAGGUUGUCAGGAGAUUGGUCCAAUGGUCAGCUCACCUGUCGCGAGAUGGUCCCAGAGACUCCAAACAACCAAUUGGUUGAAAACAAUUUGGAAAAGUACAAUGUGACACAACAAGAGCAUUAACAGGAGAGGAAAGAGACAAAUGUAACACUAAUCCAUACAAAGACUCUAAUGUUUGCAUUUCCUUUUUAGGGAGUUAUUUCACACCUGCUUAAUAAGUGAUUAACAUUAAGUCAUCUGAGAGGAGAAUUUUUGUUUGCUUACUCUUGUGCACUGGUAGAUUUCAAAGGGUGACAAGCUGAUGUGGUUCUAAGUUCCACAAGUUAUUACCCAACUGCACUAAGCUUUAAACCGGCCGAGGGCUUGUGUUCAUAUGAUUACAUCACAUGUCAUUUAACACGUGAGUGCAUUUCAACCAUAGGGAUUCAAACUGAGAAGAGCAAGAAACAAGAAAGUGCAAUUUUAUAUAAUCAAAUGGGCUAUUCAUUGUUUUAGUCUUUUAGCCUUUUUCUCCCCAAAUGCCCCUAAAAAAAAGUUCUUAAUCAAGGCUGGUUGAUACUAAGUAAGCAACCAAUGAUCCGAUGCCCGUCGGCUCGUUUGACCAAUGGGUCCGAUCUCCUGAGAGCUUCCCGGCACCACCAUUUGAGCCCCUUACCGCGUGACGUCGCUCUGCUGCCUUUCUCUCACUCGCCCCCCCCCUCUG